AUUCGUAAUCUUCACCUCCUCACCGUGCCGUUUUCCUCCUCAUAUUCUCACAGAACAAACGAGUUGAUGAGUCGAUGAGAUGAUAAGACGCAGAGAUGAAAAGAUUGAGGGAAGAUGUAGAAGAGGUGACUAUUGGAAUCAUCGGCUUCUCCUGUUAGUUUGACCCAAUUCACUUCGGUUUCUCAAGUAUAAUGCAACUUUUUUCUUAUUUAAUUGUCUGGUUCUCAAUUAUACAUUGUGUAGUCUCAAUAAGACAGUUAAAUGUGCAAAAGGAGUGGUAUAGGUAUCCAGGUAAUCCUGGAGUUCGGAUACGUUUGACGAAAAAAGGAGCGAAUCAUAUAAAAACGGUCGGAAUUCAAAUAUUCAACGAUUAUAUUUCCCAACUGAAGGACUACUCAACAUCAAUGCCAUUCUCUCAGAUCGGGAUCAAUGGAAUCGUGAAUCUGAAGAAAAUGCACGUCAAAAACUACCGCGCUCCUCAGGUGUCGGUUCUCAACUUUUUGCCACCGCGGCAUAUAGUCUUGGGAUUGGAAAAUCUGGAUAUUGGAUUGGGUUCCGAAUUUACUGCAAAUGCAGUUCCAAUUGUAGUUGAAGGAAGUUUAGUUGGACAAAUAACCGGAAUGACGGUAGCUCUUACAACUGAACUUUUAACAGAUGUUACUGGGAAAAUGAAUGCAGUAGUAAGAAACUGCUCAGCUUUAAUUGGAAACAGCCACAUAGUUUUGAACCCGACAGGUCCAAUGAGUAUAUUUGUGAAAACUUUUGAGCCAAUGAUUAAUGAUUCUGUUCGUCAACGUAUUCCUGAAAUGUUUUGUAGUCGUCUUCAGAAUUUAAUUGAGAAAAAUAUUUCAAAACUAUUUGAAUUUAUCACGAAGAUUGAUCUGGAGGACUACUUCCCAAAAGCUAGUAAUGUUGAGAAGGAUGUAAUGAAUAUGUUCAUCUCUCAUUUGGCAAAAGGAAUGUAUGUAGACAAUCGAAUGAUUACUCAGCCACUGAUAACAAUGGAUUAUAUUGAAACUAAUCAUCAAGGAGAAAUCCAUUUUGAAUCUCUCUCCGAGACAACUCCAUUCUUUCCAAGACUAAUGGAACAAAUGUACAGAGAGCCUUUAUCUGAUCAUAUGGCUCACUUUUACGUCUCGGAUCAUCUUUUAAACAGUAUGCUCUAUCAAGCAUAUCAGGAUAAUCGGCUAGCACUGAAGAUUGAUGAGAGCAACUUGCCGAACGAAAUGAAAAGUUUUGUGUCCACGCAGUGCCCAACGAAAAAGCAUCAAACAUAUGUCUGUGUUGGAUACUUGAUUCCAGAAAUUAGACAUCUCUAUCCUGAUUCAACUGUUUCAUUUGCUAUUUUGCCACAUGGACUUCCUUAUGUUAUGUUCAAUAGAGACGGAAUGACUGUUGAUAUUAAGAAUCGGAUUCUCACAUAUGCCAUUCCAGAUGAUCCAGCUCAUUUGAACAAUCGUUCACAAAUUUUAGUAUUUUCAAUUAAUGGGCAGGCAGAUAUCACAUUUGCUCCAACCACCGAGAGUCUUAAUGCUCAUAUGAACUUGAACAGAUUUAAUGUCCGACUUCAUCGUUCUGCUGUACGUGGAAUUGAUGAAUCAUCAAUUGCCAGACUCUCUCCCCUCUCGAAAACUUUCAUUGCUCCAAGACUUAGCAGUGCUGUGGAGAAAGCUGUACGCUUUCCAAUGCAGGAUACUAUAAAAUUCAUCAAUCCGGUUAUCAAGAACUACGAUGGAUUUAUUUGUUUAUCUACUGAUUUUCAAUUGGAGAAGCAAAAAAUUGAGGCAAUAGUUAGGAAGUCCAUAGAGCUAUAAUUUAAAGAAAUAGGAUAUUAAUUAAUCAUAGAUAUUAAUUAAUCAUAAAUCUUAUAAUUAUUAGUCAGGAAUUGACUAUUCAAUACCUGGAUAAUAAGACAAAAAUAUACCUGAAA